AUGAAUCUCUUUAGAUCACGGGUGGGCAUUGGGAAAUUCAGCAAGCAACUGGUGGCAAUGUCCAUUCCCUCGACGGGAUUAGGUAUCCAGAUAGGAGAGUGUACGUUGUCUAUGAUAUCACAUUUGACGAAAGCUGCGGACUUAGUAAAGAGUAUCGAAACCAAGAGACUCGAAGAUGAGCAGCAAUUGGAGGGCGUGAGCAAGGCCGGUGAAUCAGAUCCAGCUGCCGGGAAACUUUUUGGCCAGAUUGUUAUGAGCGCAACUGAGAUUAAAACAGCGCUGGAGAAAGUUGAAAAGAGAACUCGGGUCUUGACUGAUGGUACGCCCUGUAUUACUCUCGAUGGCACAGAAGAAGAGACACUUAUAAGAACAGCAAAGAAAGGAGGAGUCGAAAUCUGUGCAAAGACGAAGACGAUGCUUGUGGACCCACUUGGCGAAAUGAUGAAUACACAAUGGCUCCCUCAGACAGAUCUUGUUGAGAAUGCAAUUAAGAAAGACUGGACAAAAUACAGUGAGGUUUGUCAGAGUAUCACCUCUGAUAUGAUAGCGCAUUUGGGGGGAUAUAAACAGCUUGAGAAUAGUAGUGAAUCUACUAGCUCCCCACUUCUUAAGAAUAAUACAGCACAGUGUAAUAUAUUAUAA